UUAUUAUUUUUUACUUCAUUAUUCUUUUUUAAAGCUUGUUCAAGUUUGGGACAAACUCUCGUAGCAGAAUCCUCCACCAUUAAAACUCUGACAAGUCCUAACUAUCCCAGUGAUUAUGACAGUGAGACAAUUUGUUCCUGGACUAUCGAAACUCGCCAGCUCAGCGACUAUGUUGUGGAGGUUACGUUUGAAGAUUUCAGACUCGAAUCAGACAACAUGCAGAGCUGCAGUAGUGAUUAUCUAGCAGUCUAUGAUGGCCUGCCACAUUCAGGGUCUGACGUCAUUGGCUCAUUCUGCGGGUUCAUUGGCCCAGACACAAAAGUUUUUUCAACUGGGAGACACUUGACAUUAAGAUUUGUCACUAAUGCAGAAUUUAACUAUAGAGGCUUCAAACUGAGUUACUUUGCUGUACCUGCAGUCAGGGACAACAAGAAGUGCUUCCUUGGCAACACCGAAAACAACAACCUUCGACUGGAAGGCUGGUCAGGAACUUUUGAAAGCCCUCGCUACCCAUUGAAGUACCCGAAUUUUAUGACUUGUCUUUGGGUUAUAACCGUGCCGGAAGGAAAGCGGAUGAAACUCAACUUCCAAGACUUUGAUGUCGAGUGGUCAGAAAAUUGCGAUAAAGACUAUGUAAAAGUGUAUGAUGGAUUGCACCCCACUAGUGUUUUGAAGAAGACUUUAUGUGGUUCCUCCUCAAAACUACGCGAAGAAAUCUACUCCAGCGGUCGAUACAUGGUUGUUCAGUUCCAUUCUGACGGAGAUAAUAAUGACAAUUAUGGAUUUAAAGCGCAUUUUGAAGAUUUCAAUCCCAAUGCAAAGAUCAUCGGCUUCGCUGGUGGUGCGACUGUGGUAUUUUUACUCUGCUUUGUUAUCACCUGUGCGAUUAUACGCUGCAGGAAAGCAAAGAGAGCAGCGAACGCAAGGCACCAGGCCUCCUCUGAAUCAGUGUCUUCGUCAACUGCUUUGACGCCUUUCCAAGAUCCUUACCCCCCUCCCCCUGAAGCACACUUCCAACCCAAUGGCGUUAGUUCAUACCCACCCUCAGAAACAUUGGAUUAUGCUACACCAUCAACUCAUGUGACGACAUACACAUCAGAGCCACCCCCUCCGUACACAUAUCCGACGGAGUCUCCUCCACCCUACCAUGGAGAGGAGAGCCCUCCACAGUAUACAUCGCAAGAAAAUGUGUAUCACUGGCAAGAAGAGAACCAAGAAAAUUAUCCCCUUGUGUCUGCGCAAGAGCAACUUCUGUAAAAUGUUGCACUACCAGCGCGUUUCAUUAUAAUGCUGGUAGUUUAUGGAGAAAGCUGGUUCUGCGAUUAUCAAAGUUUGAGGUUUACGCGGAAUGUUUAGUUGCUUUGUAGAUAAGGUUUCGCUUACAGAAACCAACAAAACGACCGUCUCUUUAGCGAGUGCCAACUUUGAUUCAUUAUUGAUAUAAAGUUGGAAUUUUUUAUCGUAAAAUUACGAUAAUAACCAAAUAUAUAAAAAGAAAUCGUUUUGUAUUUGAUACGGUUUAUGCAAUCGGGGAAUUUUCACGUUUUUUAACGGCAAUUAGAACUCGUUUAGCAUGUGUUUCAACAUGUUUUUGGAGUUUGUUGUGACGCAAGUUACUACAAGGCAUUCUAGAUGCACCGUAUACCUAGUUUUUUAGGCACAGAAGUCCCGCCAAAUAACCCCCACCACCCACCCCUCCCCCGUCCGAAACUAAACCAUCGAAAAGCAUCAGAAUUUGAUGGUUUUUAAAAUGCAAAGGGCUAACAUAGCAAUAAUCGUGCGUAAGAACUGGUUCAUUUUUAGAACGUACCUUCUUUACGACCACAUUAACGAAACCUAAGUGAAUUGUAAAUAAAGGGUAUUCGAAGCUAAGUACAUAUGUCAGGAUUUAUGAAAACAGUGUUAAGAAGAAUCUCGCGCUGUUUUCCAAGUCUUUCUAAGUGUUGUUUUCUUUUUUUUCUUUUCUUUUUUCUUCUCCUUUAAGGUGGUGUGCCUUGCAU